AUGGCACCACCAGAACCGAUGGCCGUACGACAGCUUCCAUCUGGUCCAUGGGAGUUCCUGAGCAUGGACAUGCUGGGCCCGCUGCCGACCGGUGAGUCGCUGUUAGUAAUUAUCGAUUGCUACAGUCGGUUCCGUAUCAUCGAAGUGUUGAAGCAGACCACAUCGGCUGACAUCAUCGGCAAGCUGAGGCCGUUGUUCAUGAGGAUGGGAAUCCCGUCCGUCCUGAUGAACGACAACGCACGAAACUUCACGAGCAACGAGAUGGAAGACUUCUGCAACUCGCUCGGGAUCAGACAACGACGUACCACGCCCUACUGGCCGCAGGCUAACGAGGAGACCGAACGCCAGAACAGAUCGAUACUCAAGAUCCUGAAGAUUGCCGAGCUGAACAAAUCGAACUGGAAGAAGGACCUGGAGGAGUUCAACUAUGCCUACGCCUUGACUCCUCAUCCAGCAACAGGACGUUCACCUGCAGAGCUGGCAUUUGGUCGGCAGUUUCGAGACUGGAUUCCACAAUUGUCUGGUCUCGGAAGUCACGAAGAGGAGGUGGAAGACAAGGAUAAGAGCUACAAAUAUCGUGCCAAGUGCCAAGUGGAUGCUACUAGAGGAGCAAGAGAGUCGUCUAUCGAGCUGGGAGAUCAAGUCCUGAUGAAAAACAUGAACCCGACCAACAAACUGUCUGCUCCGUUUCUACCCCAACCAGCAAAAGUGAUCAGCAAGCAGGGAAACUCGGUCGUCGUGGAGACCCCCGAGGGCGUGAAGUACCGGCGAAAUUCGUCGCAUUUGAAGAAGGUGAACACUCCUGACGUGGAGACCGAGGACGAGGACUUGCAGUGGGCGACGCCAACACAAGGUGAGGAGAUUCCCGAGAAGCAGCCGGAUGCAGAAACGAGCCGAGGCCAAACAUCGACGACUUCGACAAGGUCUGGCCGCCAAAUCAAGCGUCCACUACGGUUCCAGGACUUCAUCGUGGAUGUCGGUACUGGAGGAGAGCAAGGAACCAAGAUGUGA